AUGAUAGUUACUAUAUUCAUAGAUAACAUUCCAGAUUCCAUAGGUCCUAAAAGAUUGUUCAACCUAUUUCGGAAGUUUGGCUUAGUUAAGGAUAUGUUUAUUCCAGGAAAGAGAAGGAAAGCUUCAAGAUCUAGAUUUGGGUUUGUAAGAUAUGAUUGCAAGGUGGCUGCAGGGAUAGCAAUCCAGAAGGCAGAUGGGCUGUGGUGUGAUAACAAGGAACUGAGGGUCAAAAGAGCAGAGUUUCAAAAACCUCAAAGAGCUGGUCAACCGGAGCAAAGGGGGCAAAACAGAGGCGAAGAUGGGAGAAGGAAGAAUCAGGGGCUCCAAAUGUAG